UUUAAGAUCUGGCAGCAAUUUAAAUGCUAUUGGUAUUCGAAAAUCGAGCGUUUAAAUAGCGCUAGUCAAGACGCGGGGUAAUAUAUUGAUUUGAAUGUGUCUCGAUGACUAGCCAAUAUACUGGAUUUAAGGUUGAGUUGACGUCAUCUCAACUUGGGAAAAUUGUUGGUGUUGUCUCAAAUGUUAGCGAAAAUAAGAUCAGCCUUACCAAUGCAGUGAUCAACAAUUAUCCUCCUACUAUCCCUUCGUUUGCUGUCGAGAGUAGAUUCAUCCAAAAUAUUCGCAUUCUUUCAACUGCAAGUGACGGUGAAUCCUCAGGUAGUGAUACACCGGUUAAAUGCCCAAAUAAGUCCUCUAAUUCUUCACGCGAACAACGUCGAGAAUGGUUAAGAAACAUUCCCAACGCUUGCAGUGUUUAUGUAUGUCCUGACUCACCGCCUAUCAUUCAUAAGACAGCUGGUGCGCCAGGAUCUGGUAGUAACAUUAAUGAUAUUAAUAACGGUUUUGGACACUCAAACGAUUUACAACUGUUAGACAAUGCAUUGGGGAAAGCUUCCAUUCGCGAACCAAAUGACUUAAGUCCAGCUCGUAAGUAUGGUGUUAAUAACCAACGUCAUUCCAAACGCCGCAGUUAUUCAACGUCAGAAACAACUGGCGCGACAAGUGAUAUAUCUGGUGCCGAAAGUGAUUCGUUCCAUCGUCAUACGAAUUCAGGAUCAAGAGGUCAGUUCAACUGUGGAGGCAGUGGCAGUACUAAUCGACAUGCUCAAAAUCGCGGCCACCCACGUGAUAAUAACAAUAAUAAUAGUCACAAUCAUCGGAAUGGAGGGAACACUGGACUAAAUGGAGGUGGUAGUGGCGGUCAAAGAAAUUUAGCAGAUUGGGAUCGGAUCUGUGUUGAAGAAUUUAUCGAUGAAGAUUUUGAUUUUGAAGGAAACUUAGCUUUAUUUAAUAAGAGUGCAUUCUAUGAAAUGGUUGAUUCACGCGAAGGUCAUUCAAUAACAAAUACUUCUGACAUGAAUAAUUCUUCCGUUUCUUCUUCUCUACCACAUUUCAUUGAAGGUCCAGAUGGUGUUGGAAUUCCGCUAUUCACUACUCCAACUCAAUCAUCUAAUUUAAUAACAACUAUGACAGCUUCAACUAGAACAACACUGACUAUCACAUCCUCUGGUAGUCAUUAUGAAGAUAAGCAUAAAAUAAACAAUACACAAAUAACUACUUCCAAUAAUAAAUCUAUUAAUCAACAUAAUCCUACUGGUUCAGUAGUAGCUACAUCGUCACCAUCAUCACCAUCACUAGCAGCAGCAGUAACAGUUCAUUCAGAAGGAAAUAAUUUCAAUGUUAAUGUUAAUAAUAAACAAUAUUAUAUAAAUUCUAUAAAACAACGUAAUAAUCAAUACUGGUAUACAUGUACAGGACAACGUGUACCAAUAUUUCCAUUAGAACAACGUCAACGUUUAUUUAAUUAUUUCACUACAGGAUUAAAUUUAGAUACUCAAAUAAGUAAUAAAUUUCAAGGUAUUACAUGGGGUCGAUUUAUUGAAUCUGCUACUCGUCCUCUAAUUGAUAAUAUUAUGAUACAUUUACGUCAAUUAAAUAGAACACCUCAAAGGAUUAUUCAUAGACCUCCGGCUCGUAUUCUAAUCAUAUCAAAUGGAUCUAAUCAUUUAGGUGCAGUAUUGUCGUUGAAUAUAGCUCGAUAUUUAUCUACACUUGGAGCUUGUGUUCUAUUAGUCACUCCAUCUAUGUAUUGUGCUAAAACUAAUAAUAAUAAUUCAGUGAAUGACACUACUACUACUACUUCCGAAGAUGUUAGUGAUGAAUAUCCUACUGAUAAUUCCAUAAUGUCUACUAUCUAUCGACAGGAAUUACACUUACUUAUGAAUUUAGCACCAAAACCAAAUCAGUAUGGACUAGAUGAUCUUGAUGAUGAAGAAGAUGAUGAAUUAGACCAAUACAGUGAUGAUGGGCGGGGAACAGAUAACGAAAAUAAUCAUGAUAAUAAGAAUAAUAAACAAAUACCUGGACUCUAUACAUUUAAUAAUAAUGAUAAUGGGAGUCAUACAAUUGAUGAUAAUAGUAUCAGUAUUGGUUCAUCUUCUGCGAAUAUUCGUGAACAUAAUGAUGUUGACUUUGAUAAUAUGAGUUGUCUCAAUUAUUCCGAUAUCAGUAGUAUUGUCGAUCAUAGUUCAGUUGGACGUAUAUGGAUGAGUCGUAUGCCUGGACUGAAAAUUAUACGUCGUCCAAAUUCUGUUACCAAACUGCCAAGUAGUAUACGCAUUGACCUAGUGAUAAUUGGUCAUUCAGAUGACAGUAAUACUGUAAAUAAAGACAACUCAUCAUUGUCAUCAAAUACAAAUUUAUUAUUUAAUUGGUUGCGCAGUCACAAUUCCAUUGGUGGCAUUAUUCAUUUAACACCUUCCCAGUCCAUUGUUGAUUCUAAUAUUCUGUUAAGAAAUGCUCAACACUUUGUUUGGGUGACUGAAUUGGGCUUACCAAUACUGACACCACAAGGUCAUUUAACGUCGUCAUCUUCAACAACAACGCCUACAGUGUCUAUCCCUCCAACUGAAGCCACAUUGAAUAGUAGUGGUACAUCAACCAACACAACCACUUCAUUAACUCACUUGUUAAUUGAUGUUGGACUUGGUCGAAAUAUUGUCCGGAAAUUAACUGGUGAUUUAAAUCUCCUACCACCAUAUGGUCUAUUCGAUCUGGGUUCCAUGAUUCCUUUACGACCAGAACAACUAAACUCAGUACAACAACAACAAAUAUCACGAUAAUUUCUUUGAUUUAAACGUUGUGUGGGCACAAAUCGUUCACAUUUUGUAAUUAAUUUUAAUGAAAGAAGAUCUAGUUGACUUUUUUUUUACUCUGCCUCGAUAUUUUGUACAUAACAGUUGCAAUGUUUCUAUCGUUUACUUAAUCACAUAGUCUUUUAAUUUCUUUUCCUCUCUAGUUGUUCUGUUUUCUAAUUGAGAAUAUAUACACUAGGAUAGCCUAGUGUAUUUUGAUUUCGUUUCAAUGUAUGUUUUUGACUUCGUUGUCAUGUUUUGUAUUGUAUUCAUCUACAGUUUCCUUGUUAUCUCACUUAUUAGUCUAUGUGAUUUGUUCUUUCUUGUUCAGUAAGGCAUAGAUAGCGUGACGUUAUUCUUUGGAAAUAUAAAAAAUGAUUAGUAAUGUAUUACCUGUGUUCUUUCAGUAAAAUUAGUAGAGAUAUAACUUGAUUAUUAUUUGUUUCUAUUACAUUAUGUGUUAGUCAAUAGUUUAGUGAUUCAACAAUCAUCUUCAACCUCCAAUCAUUCUGGUAUGAUUUACGAUAACAGCGACACUUUCUCUCUUGGCCCUGAUGAAUCUAUAACAUUGAUCCUAUAAGGAAAAUUUACUUGUUAAAAACCUCAGAAUAUUAUUUGAAAUUUCCGUCCAUUUAAUUAUAUGCCUAUUGCAUUC